AUGGGGCACCAUGUCCUCGACUAUGAAGCCUCAGCGGGAGGGGAAUGGCUGGCGACGGGGCUGCCGAUGCGGAGGCAUCACGAGCACGACGGUGGUGGCCGCCGCGAGUACAACGAGGCACAGCUGCAGGCGUUUCGAGUCACCUCGGUGACAUUGGCUUCACUCAGCGUCGUGGCGACGAUGCUGACGACGUUUUGGUUCCUGCGGAUGAGGCGCAGCUUUCGUCAUGACCUAAUCAUUCUCCUUAUUCAAAGUGACAUGCUCAAGUCCCUGUGGCUCGUCAUCUUCGCUGCCGCGGAGCUGACGCAGGGGACCAUCGACACUGCCACGCCCUUUUGCCAAAUUUCUGGCUUCUUCCUGACGCUGGGCAUCGAGAUGUGCGAUGUCGCCGUCGUCUUGUUCGCCUUGCACAAGACCAUGUACAUAUUCCGCGGCGGGAGUGGUCUUUACCCGUACAGACGCAUCGCCUACGCGGCCUUCAUCCUCAUCCCGCUGCUUCUUUCGUCGCUCGCCUUCAUCAACAAGCCGGCCUUUGCCAACGAGGGCCCGUACUGCUACCUGCCGACUAGGCCAAGAUGGACGCGGAGAGUGCUCAGCUGGAUCCCGCGGACCAUCGUCUUGCUCGGCAUACUCACCAUGUACUUGUCGACGUACGUGUACUUCAAGCUUAUCCUGGGGCGGUUCGGCAAGACGGGCAUGUUUGGACGGAGAAGCGUGAUGCUGGCACCACCACAAACGGAACCGCCUGUGAGACCACAGACCACGGUGUCGAUUCCACCAACUCCUCCUAUCGCGUAUCACGGGUUGAUACCACCGACGCCGUCUUGCGAUGGGGAGUCUAUCGCCAAUAAGGGCCGGAGACCAUCGAUCUGGACCAUGUCGGGGAUUCCUCCACUGGAAACCGGAUCUUCAGUAUCAAUUUCGCAGGAAAGUAUCCGACGAGAGCCAUCUUCGGAGGUUUCGACUCCCAACCAGGCCCGCGGCCGCUCGUUCUCGAAUCCUUACUUCCCGCAGUGUCCCAGUGUUCUGGAGCUGCCGCCUUCAAGAGGCGACAUUCCUCCGCCGCCUCCAACAAUCUCCCAGCCCGUGACGCCAAGCAGCCCAACCGCCGCGCGGCCGCUUUGGGGGCGACCGCUGAUGAGGACGACUACGAGGGACUCUCAGGCCUCCACGCCGUCCAACGACAUGGCGAUGCUGAACCUGGGCUCGCGUGGCGCGGACUCGACGACGGGUAUUGUCGCCGGGCCCAUGACGCUGGGCGUGACCAGCACGGCCCAAACGCGCGACAAGAUCCGGCGAUCUCUGCGACAGCUCUUCAUAUACCCCGCCGUCUACACCGCCGUGUGGCUCGUGCCCUACGUGUCGCACAUGAUGGGCGCAGACAGGCGCAAGUCGCCGUUCAGCGUGGUGAUCGGCUCCGUCGCCAGCAUGUGCCUGCAGGGCGUCGCCGACGCGCUCGUCUUCUGCAUCAUGGAGAAGCCGUGGCGGCACCCGCGACGGGCCGACGCGCCGGCGUCGUCGUGCUGGAUCCUGCGGCGGCUGGCCGGGGCGCCGGGCGCGUACGGGCCCGAGGGCAAGACGGCGGCCAAGGUCGGGCGCACGAGGGAGGAGAUGCUCGUCGACAGCAGGAUCGCGCGCCGGCGCCGCGACGAGGAGCUCGCGGAGAGGAGGCUCACGCGGGGCGCGGCGCGACCUGCGCGGCGGGAGUGGUGGGACACAGCGCUGCAGGACUGUCAGUGUGAGCCACGAGCCGAGGAGUGA